CAUUUGUCUUGUUACUACCUACUAUAACUAUUUCUCUCUCUCACUUGCUGCAGGCACUUGAUUGGAAGUUGAAAAUCAACAAAAACUUAUCAAUCUCUCUUUUUCUCUUUCUCUCUCCGGCACCUCUUGUUAAAAAAUUGUUCUUUUCACCGAAACCCGUAAAGGGUCCUGAGCUAGCUUCUUCUCCAUCCAUGGUCCUGAUUUUUUUCUUCCUCUUGUUUUCAGCUUCUAUAUGCAAAAGGGGGUGGACCAAAUGCUGCAAAAUAUUUAUAAUGUAGUUACUCACUAACCACCUAAGCCAUGAAAACCAAAAUUUUUCCCACUUGGGUAUUCUGCGAAAAUUGGUGCAUUUGUUUAUCCCUCUAGUUUAAGCCGUGGUUGGAUCUGCAUUUGGUGUGCAGGAACUUUGGCAAAAAGGUUGAACUUUGAUGGUUAAUUUUGAGAGGCUUCAAGUGUGAGCCACAUGAAGAACUUGAAGUGGCACAAGCAAAUUUCCAACAGUGGCAACAAGUUGGGGAGAAGGCUUUCGCUUGGUGAGUAUAACCGUGCAGUGUCAUGGUCCAAGUAUUUGGUGUCACCAGGGGCUGAGAUAAAGGGUGAAGGAGAAGAGGAAUGGAGUGCAGAUAUGUCUCAGUUGCUCAUUGGAUCCAAAUUUGCCUCUGGAAGGCACAGCAGAAUCUACAGAGGGGUUUACAAGCAAAAAGAUGUGGCAAUUAAGCUGAUUAGUCAACCUGAGGAGGAUGAGGACUUGGCUGCUUUUCUUGAGAAGCAAUUCACUUCUGAGGUGUCCUUGCUCCUCAGAUUAGGCCACCCAAAUAUUAUUACUUUUAUUGCUGCUUGCAAGAAACCUCCUGUGUUUUGCAUAAUAACUGAAUAUUUGGCUGGAGGUUCACUGGGAAAAUUCCUGCAUCACCAACAACCAAAUAUACUUCCACUAAAGCUUGUUCUGAAGUUAGCCCUCGACAUUGCGCGGGGGAUGAAAUACCUUCAUUCUCAAGGGAUUCUUCAUAGGGAUCUCAAAUCAGAAAAUCUCCUUUUGGGGGAAGAUAUGUGUGUAAAAGUAGCAGAUUUUGGUAUCUCAUGCUUAGAAUCUCAGUGUGGCAGUGCAAAAGGAUUCACCGGAACAUACCGUUGGAUGGCGCCCGAAAUGAUCAAAGAAAAGCAUCAUACCAAAAAAGUAGAUGUGUAUAGUUUUGGCAUAGUUCUAUGGGAGCUUUUGACAGGAAAGACUCCAUUUGACAAUAUGACACCAGAACAGGCAGCAUAUGCAGUUUCGCACAAGGAACAGUUUCCGUUUGCAUUAUUGUUUACACGAAGAUGGAAACAUGGGCAUGCAUAAUUAUCUAUGUAAAGUUGUUAUUAUUAUUCCUCACACCCUUUCAUUUUAUAAUUUCAACCCACUAUGUUGAGUAUGUUCAUGAACUAUUUUGGCCACUAUUGUUUACACAGUGUCAAAAUUGAAUAUUUUAGUAUACAUAGUUACAUAUGCAUACAUAUGUUUGUAUGUUCGUUUUCAUUAUCUACUUUAAUACUACUAUUACUAUGUCUGUAUGCAUGCACUUGACUAUGUAACCCAUUUUGAUGGUUAAUGUGCCCCGAAUCUUUCUCAAGCGUGUUGGCGUUGUGGGCAACAAUUAUUCUCUGUCUAUGAUCUUUACAGAGCAUGUGGUUGUUUGUGAUUAUGAUAGCCUUGCUUAUCCAAGCUAGGCACCUCAAUUGCAACAUUGAAUUACGAUAAUAAAAAAAAUACAAAUAAAAAUUUAGAGGUUUCUUUAUUUUUUGCCUGACAUAUAUAGAUGAUGGUUACUUUUCCAACAUUUAUAAGAUAUGGUAUUGUGAUAUAACAUUAUUUAUGAAAAUCAAUGAUGGCUACCACCCCUGCUUCCCUGUCACAUGCACAGCACAUCAGAACUAGGUGCCAUAUAAUUGAAUCACUAAUUGAAAGAGAAGCUUUUUUUUUUUUUUCCCCUCCUUUUUGAUAUUGCUUCCAAUCAAUCAGAGAAAUGCAAGAACUAUAUACAUAGUCCAAUCUAACUUUUCUCGUUCAUUGUCUUUGCACAUGCUACAAUAUCCCAGAGAUAUACUUUGAAUCUAUAAUUGAAAAAAAUAUACUGAGAAUAUACAGGUCAUUAACUAAAGGCGGUUAAUGUUACUGUUUUGCCAUAGGCAUGUUCCAUGCAUGGGACUUGUGAAACUCAACAACAUGGCUUCAUAUAUAUGCUUUGGAAAGUGGGAUUUAAUUUCUGUGCAUUAUUUGUAUAAAUUAUAUUGACAAUCAAUAAUUGUGCUAGAUAUGAUUUUUAAAAUAGUUGGUAUAUAAGUUAAUAAGUUAAUAAAUUCACGAUACAUGUUAAUUUGUAAUUAAAUAAUAGUAAGUACAUAGAUGAUUUAAUCUCUUAGUUUUGCUAGCUUUAUGGGUUUCGAGCAUGCUAGUAUAAACUUCUUCAUAAGCACGUCUAAGAGAGAAGAAAAUAAGAAAAAUAAGUAAAAUAAAUUUCUCCAAAAGCUAAAAUGAGCUUAUGCAUAAGUUAACAUGUAAUUGGCUUCUCCAAAAUCUUAUUUUUAACUUAGGCAUAAACCAAUUUUAGUUUUUGUAAAAAUUCAUUUUAUUUUUUUCUUCUGUCAGGUCUUAUAGAGAAGUUUAUUGAAAUAGACCCUUUAUAACUACGAGUGCUUCUCUUCUUGAUUGAUUCACAUUUGAAAAGUAAAGUGGGGUUUUAUAUAAUUUUAUUUUCAAACUCAAUUU